AUGGAAGAUUUUGCAUAUGUAGACAAAAAUGUCUAUAUAAAUAUUCUUCUGACGAUUUUAAAUAAAUGCAAAGAAUAUUUGUUAGGAAUUGGCAUUUUAAAAUUAACACUUUGUUUAUGCAUAAUACUUAUUAGCAUCAUUUUUGCAAAGCGAAAAAAUAAAAAGAAGAAAAAGAUUAGUAUAUAUAUACAGCUAAAUAAUGUACGAAAAAAUAACAACAAAGAUGAGAAAUUAAUAGAUAAUGAGAAAUGUUCUUUCCCAAAUGAAGAAGCAAAAAUAACUGAACCAGAUUUUUCAAAACUAUGUGAACACACAGAUGGAGAAAAAGGGAAUAACGAAUUUUACUACAUAUCGUACAGUCCUCAUAUAUUCGAUUUGAAAAGCAUAAGCAGAACAGAAUUAUGUAAUGUGUGCAAUGAAAGUAUAUAUUCAUUUAUUUUUUAUAAAAAAGAUAUUUUCGAAUGCGUUGUGUGUAGAAAUAAAUGCCACAUAGAAUGUGCACCGAACUCUAAUUUAAUGAGCUGUAAAACUAGUGUUUUUUUUAAAAAUAAACACAAAUUUAUAAAAAUUAGGAAUUGUUUGUGGAAUAAUAAAUGUGACAUUUGUAAUAAAAAAUUUUCUUACUUUUCUUUUCCUCCAUUUGUGAAACAAUACAUAUACAACUGUAUAUGGUGUAAUAAAUAUUUUCAUGUCCAUUGUAUAGCUAAAAUUUCAGAUAAAAGAAAAAAUACACGUGGUAAAAAUCAAGUAAAAGAUGCAUUAUGCACUUAUGGAAAUAGAAAAUAUAUACUUUACCCGUAUGAAGUAUCAAUUAAAGAAAAUAUUUUAAUAGAUUUCUUAACCCACGCCUACCAUCUCGUGAAAGAAUCUGAAAUAACUAAUGAUGAAGUGCUUCUUAGCUACAGUUGCAAUAAAUUUAAUGUUACCAUAAAGGAUGACGGGGAAGAUGAGGACACGAGUAAUCAUUGUGAAAAGAAACCUAACGAAGGUGUAAUGAAAGAGAAGGAGAAAGAGAAAGGAGGUCAUUGUUCUACCACUUUAAAAAAUACAGAUGAAGUGUUAUAUUUGGAUUACGUAAAUGAUUUUCAUAAAUUUAACAAAAUUAGGAAAUUUAAAAAUGCUAAUAAAACAAAGAAACAUGUGAUACCGGUACACGCAAAUUUUUUGUUAAAUUUUUUCCCUAUUCAUUUACCAAUUUAUGAAAUAAAAAGUAGUGACAAAUUUCUUCUAAUUUUUGUAAAUGUAAAAAGUGGAGGUCAAGCGGGAAAAAAAUUAUAUCAACAACUGUUGAUGUAUUUUAACCCGUUACAAAUUAUAAGCAUAAAAAAUGAAAAAAAUGUUUUAAGUGCCCUUAACAUGUAUAAAGAAAUGUUAUACUUAAAUAAGGUUAUUCUCUUACUGUGUGGAGGAGAUGGAACUAUAAGCAUUUUCGUUGACACAUUAUUAAAAUUUUUUUCAAAACAAGUAUCAUUUGCAAUAGAACAGGGAAAAAUGAAGAAAAAAAAUAAUAAACUAUGCAGUAAUGAAAACAAAAGUGAACAAUAUUAUAGUUAUACUAAAAGUACAUUUUUAAAUAAAACCAUUAUGAAUAUUACUGCAAAAUUGAAACACAAUAAAGAUGCUUUUAGAAAAAAAUGGACAAAUAAUAUUACGUCUCAGUCCAAAAAACCAAUAACAUUUUUUUUAAAAAAAAGGAGUGAAAAAAAUACAUUUAAUACAGAUAAUGAUUCUGGUCAUAUAAGUGAGGAAAAUGCAGAAACAUAUUUUGAAAAUGAUCUUUGUGAAGCACACAUGUGGGGGGAAAAUAACAGUGAAAAUUCUAAAUUGAAAAUGAGCAGAAGAUUUACAGGAAGUAGACGAAUAGAUGAUCCAACUACAUUGUGUGCAUCUGGAAAGUGUGUUUUCAGUGGUGUUUUGGGUCAACUCCCUGAUGAAAUUCAUCAUAAGGAUAAAUCACAUGCAGGAAGAACCUACAACGGAAUAUACCACUUGGAUGGAAACACAGAUAUGAAUGCAAAUAUUAACAGUAGAAUAAACAGUGAUGAAAAUAACUUAAGUGGAGGAGGAAAUAUGCAUAACGAAAUGAGCAGUGAAAUGAACAGUUCAGGCCCAGGGGGGACCGUCCCAAACGAUCCCGACAAAAGGGGAACUGAAGCCAAGUGCACUAAUGGGAAAUAUUUAUAUAUGCAUGAAAAGUUUAAAAAUUUUAAUAAGAAGAAAAAUGGUAAACAUGAUACUAACGAUGAAAAGGGAGAAAAAAUAUAUGCAAAUAGUGAACACGUUGGAGAAAAAGGAACUUAUAUUGAAAAUGGUGGAGAAAUAGGAACGUAUAUUGGAAAUGAUCGAGAAAAAGGAACUAAUAUUGGAAAUGGUGGAGAAGACUGUGUUAAGGGAGGAGGAGAUGAUAAGGAUGGAUGGAAGGAAAGUACAUUGAAAAGCUUUCAGAAUGGGAAUUCAAUGAUAGAAAAAUAUUAUAAUAGCAAUACUAUGAUACAUAGUAAUUAUACUGAAAAUAAUGAAUAUCUUUAUUCUUCUUCCAAGGGUACAGAAAAUGAUAAAAUGUAUUACAAUAUUUUAUAUCAUGAUUAUAAGGAAAAGGUAACUAGUUGUUCCUCAAUGAAAACCAAAAUAAAUGAAAACUUCACAUCCUAUUUUAAUGAUGCAAAUAUGACGAACCAAGCAUAUGAAACAAAUGGAACAACUGGAGAGGAGAAUACAUACACAAUAGACAAUAAACAAUAUAAUAAUGUAUUCAAUUCUAACUGCAGUAAUAAUAACAGUUUAGUUAAUGAUGGAAGCUGUAAUAGUGAUUGUCGCCCUCCCUUAUGCAUCUGCAAUGGGGAACAUUUAGCACAUUUGGAAAAAGUUGAACAAGAGAAUUUAAAAGGAAAGGGAAAUCGGAGAAAUGAAGAACAUCUAAAUUUAGGACAAUUAGAUUCUUAUAAAAGUGAUGAAAAUAAUAUCAUUUACAAAAUUGAUAAUUAUUAUAAAAUUGCUUAUCCGAAAGAAAAAAGAAAUGAAAAAAAUUAUCAUAACAUAUGUGAAGAGAAUGACAUCAUAAAUAAUGUUAUUACAGGAGAAGAUAAAGAAAUGUAUAACUUGAAACCUACACUCCAAUCUUACAUAUCAAAUACACCUAUAAGCAUAUUGCCUUUAGGUACUGGAAAUGAUUUAAGCUACAGUUUAGGAUGGGGGUGCGGGUAUAAUAAUGACCCACUUGUAUAUUUAAAUAAAGUAAAAGAUUGUAAAAAUGAAUACGUAGAUGUAUGGAAUAUGAAAGCAUAUGAUUUAGAUAAUAACUUAAUUCUAAACAACAGUUUUAUAAACUAUUUUGACAUUGGAAUUAUAUCGAGAUUAGCCUUGCAUUUUGAUAAUAUUAGGAAAAAAUUUCCCCACUUUUUUAAUAGUCGAAUAGGUAAUAAAAUAUUAUACGGAGAAGUAGGAUUUAGGGAUUUCUGUUUUAAUACGUACAAAUAUAAGCUAAAUAAAAACAUAAAACUUUACUGUGAUGGGAAAAAAGUUAAAAUUGAUGAAGAUUUAGAAAGUGUGUGCUUAAUAAAUGUACCCUAUUUUCUUGGGGGACUUAAAAUAUGGAAAGAAGAUGAACAAGAGAAAAAUUAUUAUUCAGAUGUUGAUAGACAAAAAGAAGAAUAUAAAAAAAAGAAAAGAAAUAAAAAAGGCAGAAAAUCACUUGUAGAGGAAAAUAAAGCAACUAAUAGUUCAAGCAACAGUAGUUUUCUAUGCCAUUCAACUCGCGAUAAAGUAGUACACAAUGAAAAAAAUCAUGAUGGAACCAUUUCAAAUAAUAUAAAUGAUAAAACCACUUUCUAUAAUAGUGAAAAAGUUACUGAGGAAUUUUUAAUACAUGACACAUCUAAGCAUUCUGCCGAGGGAGAAAAGGUAGACCUAGAUCCCCAUUCCGAAAAUUCCAAAAAUGGGAAUACAUCAUCUCAAAAACAUCCAGAAGAAGGAGAAGAAAGUUCCAUAGAGGAGAAGAAAAAACCUUCUGUACACACAAAUGACAAUAUGUUUGAUUGUAGCAAUAUAUACAAAUCAUAUAGGCUCGAUUUUUAUAGGCAAAAGAAAAACAAGCAAAAGUAUAGGAAACAGAAAAUGGAUGAUAAAGUCAUUGAAGUCAUCGGAUUUCGAAAUAUGUUCCACCUACUUCAGGUGCAGAUUGGAAUGUCGAAAGCGAUAAAGUUAUGUCAGGGAAGUGAAAUUAAGGUUAAAAUAGAUAAGACUUUUAUUCAGAAUAAAAAUAAAAUUUAUUUUCAGUAUGAUGGGGAACCAGGUUUUCUCAACAUCCAUAAAUUGCAUUUUACCCAUAAAUGCCAAUGUUUGUUUUUGUCUCCAAAGGAUCCAAUUUAA